AUGUCUCUGCCUUACCAGAAAGUCCUGUUAGUCGGAGCGACCUCGGGAAUCGGUGCAGCUCUAGCGGACAAACUUGUCGAGAAUGGCACUUUCGUCAUCGCUGCCGGUAGAAGAAAGGAGAACCUCGACAAGUUCGUUGCGAAGCACGGCGCGAACAAGGCUGCGGCAGCUGUCGUGGAUAUCCUCAAGUUGGAGUCGAUUCCGGAGUUUGCUUCGUCCAUAAUCAAUGAGCACCCUGAUCUUGAUUGUGUAUUUCUGAACGCCGGAGUUCAGCGAGGUAUCGAUUUCACCAAGCCUGAAAACGUCAGUUUGGACAUCGUUUAUGAUGAGCUUCUCGCAAAUUACCUCUCCCAUGUCCACUUGACCAAGGCCUUCCUCCCCCAUCUUUCAAAGCAAGACAAGCAGACCGCCUUACUUUACACCACAUCUCAGCUCGGCCUCAUUCCGAUGAAGCGGUGCCCCAACUACAGUGGCUCCAAGGCUGCUAUGCACGGCUUUAUUCUCGCACUCAGAUCCCAGCUCAAGGAUGCGUCUUCAAGGGUCAAGAUUGUUGAAGUUUACCCGCCUGCAGUACAGACGGAACUGCACGAUGCCAAGAAUCAGCCGGACUUGAAGAACGGUCACGCUAUUGGCAUGCCGGUAGACGAAUUCGCCGAUGAAGUCUACCAGAGAUGGGUCAAUGGAGAGGAACAGAUCCCAGUGGGAACCGCGAAACCCAUGUUUGACGCGUUUGAGAACAAGAGACAGGAUUAUUAUGAGAGCUUUAACGCCGAGAUGGACAAGGUCUCGACCCUCUCAACCAUGUUCUGUCCCCCGACGUCCACCGAGGACUGGGAUCUUGAUGAUAAUGGCCCAGAAAAAGAAAAGGGAGCCAUGUCGCGAAAGCUCGAGGAAGCUACAGAAGAAGCUCUUUUGACUGGUGGCCGGCGCGGGCGUCAAGCUAUCGAGGAUGCUGGGUUUUCCGAAGAGCUGAAGCAGCGGCUUCUCGACAAGGUCGAGACCGCCAAAUUCCGAUCCCAAUACGCAUCCACUUUCGCAGAGGCUCAAAUGCCCACUUCAGCAGGCGAGGGGACACGUUCAAUAGCUGCGGCGCAGGCUUGGACGGGAGACGAGGCGCAGUCUGAUACGGUUCUGCGAAUGCUCAACGAUGCGAAGAAGCCCCUCAAGCCCGAGCUAAGGGGACAAUUCCAGAUUCCGCCCGUUGACAUGCGGAUGCGAAAAGAGUCAAAGACGAAUCCUAGCCAGCGGGCUGCGAAUGCUCGCGAGAAGGCCUCGACAUAUACUGCACUGGGAUUUAAAGAGGAGAGCGGGCAAAGCGCCAAGGAACGCGAAGAGUUUAGAAAAGAGCUCCGCGACCGCUUUGGAGCAGCAGCUCGAGCUGUGCCGAACACUAUAUCAGGCCUCGAGUCACUGGCCAACGAAAGAAUAGAGGACGCCAUUGCUCGUGGGCAGUUCAAGAACAUCCCUCGCGGCAAGGGGGUAGAAAGAGACGCAAGAGCCGAUAACCCUUUCAUCGAUACCACCGAGUACAUAAUGAACAAGAUGAUCAAGAGGCAGGAGAUUGUCCCGCCAUGGAUAGAGAAGCAGCAAGAGUUGGCCAAAACCGCUGGCAUCUUCAGGGCAAGAUUACGCAACGACUGGAGGAGGCACGUCGCCAGGAUGAUUUCGUCAAAAGGUGGGAGCUUGGAGGAGAAGAUGCAACUGGCCGAGGACUAUGCUCGUGCAGAGGAACGCCAUAAUCCGCGCAAGAGAAACAGCGACAGUAUUUCGGUUCCCACCAAUGUAACCGAUGAUCCUGUCAUGGCGAAGGUGCGUCAACAGGCGGUCGAGGGAAACAGCACUAGCGAAGCCGGACCAGAGGCAGCGCCGACGAAGCCUGCUCGGCCACUGGUACAACCCUUCCGCGACUCUGAUUGGCUUGCAACUGAGAGCUCGUAUAUGAACCUCGCCGUCAACAACCUCAAUGCGAUCACGCGUUCCUACAACCUUAUGGCGCCAGAACUGGCGAAGAAGCCGUACUUCUCGCUUGAGCGAGAGCUCAAGGCUUGUUACGCCGAUGUCGCGCCCCUUGUGGCAGAAACUAUCCGCGAGAGAGCCACCAGGCCGACAAAGACAUUAUUCGAUGCAGCAGGGGGCGGUCAAGUCACGGUUUUUGACCGCUUUAGUAAGGAGGGAACAUCGGCCAAGAUAUACGAUUCCAGGGCUCCUCACUAUGGCUUCAAGGAAAUGUGGAGGGAUCUCUUCAACUGA